GAACACAUUCUAGUACUGCGGAGUAGUUCGAAAACCAGUUCUACCGCCGAAGCAUAUCGUGUUUGAGGUGUAGCCGUAGAAUGCGGUGUUUUGGUGUUGUGGUUGGCCAGAAACAAGGAAGGCACGAUCCAGCCACACAAUACCAGCCUCCCCCGCCUUCACCAAUACCCACCACCCGAGCAGACAUGCCACUUUAAAGUAUACAUCCCGGUUUCCGUCGACGAUACGUCACCUCGCAACACCGCGACCAUUCUGCAACCCGAUCGCAAAGCAAGACGCAUCCUGGUCUGUUAUCGCUGCGGGAUCUUAAAAGCGCGCUGCCCUGCAUUUCCUCAGCGCCUUGUCGUCGUCUUGCAUCUCUCACUUGGUCGCAUCGCACCUGCUUCGUUACACGGCACCACCCAACCGUGGUUCAGCUGACAGCCCCGACCAAAGCAAACUCUUCUUUUCACGAAGCACCUUUGGGCCCCUGCCAACUGCCAUCAUGUCGUUUUCCGGACUGUCCUUCAUCUUUUGGCGCAUCUUCCAGAUCAUCACCCUCAUACCCGCGCUGGGUAUGCUGGCGUGGUUCGUCGAUUGGUACAACAGCCGCAACCUCCUCACACCAACGUCUAUCCUCGUCCUCUUCAUUGUAUCCGUCCUCGGCGCAGUAUGGGCUCUAGGCACCCUCUUCCUCUACACGCGCGCAAAGCACUCGGCCAAAUUCGUUGCCUUUAUCGACCUUCUCUUCAUGGGCGCCUUUAUCGGAGGCGUCUACGCUCUUCGCGGCAUUGCCGACGCUGAUUGCACGAACUGGGGCCCGCGUGGCUCUUACAGUGCCGAUUUGGGUGUGUUCACUGUCAGUGGCACUGGAUUCGGAGUCGACACCAACCGUCAAUGCGCCAUGCUCAAGGCCUCGUGGGCGUUCGGUAUCAUGAACAUCAUCUUCUUCUUCAUCACCGCCAUCCUGGCUCUCCUUGUGCACCGCCACCACCGUGACGACCGUGUCGUCGUUAAGCGCGAAGUCCACCGAUCGCGUCACGGCCACCGCUCUCGCAGCCCCCGCUACUCUCACCAGAGCCACAGCCGGAGCCGCCGCAGCUACGUCUAAGACGAGCAUGAGGGAUGUAUGAUGAGGGUUAUCACGGGUACUGGAGUUGGGGUUUGGGAACAUCUGGCAAAAGGCCAUGGCCAGAUCUUUACGAAUUUCUUUGGACAUAUUGCCCCCUUGAUUUUUGGUAAUUGAGAUGCUGGGAUGCAAGCAACGUGGUCACGAAAGUUUGUUACGAGGAUAUAUCCUGGGAUGCCACGGAGAUUAGCAUGAAUUUUGUAGAUAAUUGCUUCAUUUGACCUAUUGGUCGCGAAUUAGUCCAUGCUAUGAGACACAGCGGAAUGACAUGUCAACAAACACGUCCUACAACAAUGUUUAGUUCACAACAACAAUUUGCCAAUUUGGUGCCCAAUGUGGGAUGACAAGCAGGCU